CCCCUUUGUAAUCGAGUUGUUGUUUAGCAAUAACAAUGAGCGGCUCGCAACUAUUCCCCGUGAAUCUGAACAAUCUGACCGCAAAGGAGCGACACAACUAUAUCCUCAACCACUACGUGCUCAACUCCCCGGCGGAGGCUGAAUCUCGCCGCCACAAGCGGGACAUCGAUGUGAUACGGGAGAACCACCGCUUUCUGUGGGAUGAUGAAGAGGCGGACACCGAUUCCCUCAGCUGGGAGCAGCGUUUGGCCCUGCGCUACUACAAGAAGCUGUUCAAGGAGUACUGCAUUGCCGAUCUGUCCCGGUACAAGGAGAACAAGAUAGCCCUGCGCUGGCGAACGGAGCAGGAGGUGGUGACCGGGACCGGGCAGUUUCAGUGCGGCAGUCGGCACUGCGGGGAGCGGGAGAAUCUCCGCAGCUGGGAGGUGAACUUCAAGUACAUCGAAAAGGGUGCGCCCUUGAAUGCACUCGUUAAGGUGCGCCUUUGUCCCACGCAUACGGAUCAGCUUAACUAUCGCACCAAAAAGAGGGAGUACAAGAAUGAGCGAAGGAGGGCCAAGGAGGAACGCCGGGCUGAGCGAAAACGAAAGCGUCGUAGGCUGGAUGACGAACAAGAGAGUUCCACAGAUAGCGAAGAAGUGGAGGAGGAGGCUGGAAAAUCCGCUUCCGAAUCCCAACCAGAAACUACCGAGGUGCCCACCACCGAAGACACCCCGGCUGACGAUCAGAUCUGGCAGCAACAGCCCGAUCUCGGCCAGGAGCAGACCUCCAGGGAGCAAGAGUUCGAGCGCUACCUAGAGGAUCUCCUUUUUUAAAAUACAUAGCACAUUUAUUUGGAUUCAACGUAGACACUAGUGCUCUUUUUAUAGUUACUGGCCGCGAGAUGCGUUCGCUUAAGAACUAGGAUGUACAUGUACACUCACAUUUACAGGAUUAUUCACAAGAACUGCGUGCUAAGACCGACACCAAAUCUAAAGUUGAACUGGACAUUAAGGCUGUGACUGAUUGAUUUUUGGAAACAUUUCCGAAUCGCUACAUUAUAUGCAUGACCUAGUUCAACCGCAAUUUCUGUAUUCAUCGAAUGCGAAUCGGAGGUUCGAAAAUACAUUUUCACCUUACGUUUACGUGCGCCUCUGUGGUCAAAACAAAUUGUUUAAAUCCAGCCACUGAAGUGUUUCUAAAUAUAAAUCGCUCUACAAUAAAUA